CAACAGCAAGGGAGAAAAAACAACUGAGGGAAAUUAUCUUGUUUGCAGCGCUGGAGUCGCAGUCGGUGCCUGACGUGAACGGUAUCCCCUUCGGCGGGCGAAAUGGAGCAGGAUAUUAAUGACAGCAGCAUGGUCAAACCAUCUCAAAGGAAGGAAGUAUCCAAUCCAAUUUAUGUUGGUAGAGAAGAUGAUAUUAAAAAGCUCCAGAGAACAAGAGUUGCUGUCCAUGAGAGAAAAGUUGUUAUUUUCUACCAUGGUGGAAAGUUUUAUGCUCUGGAUUGCCGCUGUUACCAUGCAGGAGGUCCAUUACAUCUUGGUGAAAUAGAGGACAUCAAUGGACAACCAUGUGUUAUUUGUCCUUGGCAUCACUACAAAAUAACUCUGAAUACAGGUGAAGGAUUGUAUCAAGCGAUAAACCCCAAAGAACCGUCUGCAGUACCCAAGUGGAAAUCAAAAGGAGCAAAACAAAGGACUCACAGAGUCACUGUGGACAAUGGAAAUGUUUAUGUGACUCUUUCAGAUUUAACGGACAGUAAAGAUUCUGACUACUAUGCUGAAAAAUACAAAACAGAAAAAAUUGCAGAAAAAUAACAUUGGUGCUUCAUAGCCACUUGUGUUAAGAUGCUGUUGAAUGUAAAUGAUGGUCUUGCUAUCUAAAAAGCACUCUUGUUUCUUGGUGAUGCAUUAGCUUUAUAACAGCUCCCUCAGUGAUAGAAGUUUUGGUCCAAUAUCUGCAGAAUAUCUGCAGAAUCUUGGGAGAAUUAUGUCCAGAAUAUUUUCAAAACAAAAUCAUUAGACAAUCCAGCUGGGACUUCCUUUUCAGAAGUUCUUCCUGGCUGCCUCCCAUGUCCACACUGAGAUCAAGGACCUCAUUUCACAACUAAAGCCUGGAAAAGUCUUGGGAGGAGAUGUUAUCCCCCCAGAAUUAUUAAGGGAGAACAAGGAUUGGUGAGAUCUAGGGCUGAUUGUCUUAUUCAUCCAUAUUAACAGCUCAGCAUGUUUUCCUAUUGACUGGAGCCACAUCAUUGUUAUCCCAUCCUAUGAAAACAAAAGAAAAUAGAUUAGACUGUCCUUUUUGACCCAUUAGUCAGCAAGCUAAAUACUAAAUAACUGUACAUAAAACUAUUGGACCGGGCUCCAAAUGAAAACAUCAUAGCUGAAGAAGAGGCAUAGUUUAGAGGGACCAAUCAACUCUUAACCGCCGUCUGGUCUGAGAAAUAUUCUUUCCAGCCCAGAGCCUUUUGAUUUAAUUCUCAGGGAGAGGAUAUGGGAAAAACUAAGGGAAUCCUCAAUAGAUGAAAAGUUGCUUCUUCUCAUUCUCUUGGGGACAUAUCUCAAGAGCUAUCACUGCUCAGAGAGGGGUGAGGCAGAGAUGUAUUCUAGCCCCUUUUUGAUUUACAUAUUAAUAAGCAAGGUCCCUUCCCCAUUCAUCACCUCCCUGUAUUAGCCUGCUGAAUGGUCCCAGCUCCUUUACAUGCAGAUGAGGUCAUGGUCAUGUCCAUCUCUUAAGUAGGAAUGAGAAGGGAACUGAGGGCUUUGGCCUCUUUCUGCUUAGAGAAAAAACUAGUAAAAAAGGAUCAGAAAACUAAAAUCAUAGUAUUUGUGUGAAAUUAUAAUAUUUAUAAUAAGCAAAUUAAGGGGACAAGCAGGUACUCCCUUAUAAAUACCUUGG